CAGUUUUUGAACCUGUCUGUAACGAGCUUUACUCUUUGCCGUGGGGAUAGGGAUCCCUCAUUUUCCCUCCUCCUGCAGUCUGGCAGUGUUUACGAGGGCGUGCGGCCGUUGCUCCGAGUCUUAGACUGCGCGCGCGUGUCGAAUUUAAAAAUAAAACUUAUUUAGCGCGCACUGAUAUCCUGUUCCUUUUAUAUCUGCAUUGAUAUUUUUAAACAGUGAAUCAACGUUCCAAGUUUUAUAAUUAUUAUCGAAUACAUUUUAACAAGUGAAUAUAAAUACAAACAAAAAUAAAUUCUCGGCAGUGCAACCAGUUCGACUGCUUUCCUUCCCUUUGAUAUUUAACUAUAGCCGGUAGAAGAAAUAUAAGCACGAUUGUUUAUCAUGAAAUGUUAUUUACUUAAGUGAAUAGUGAAUAUUUGAUAUUACUUCGAAUACUUUCAUCGCCCCGAAAAUGGAUUGGCGGGAGAAACUUUUCGGCAAAGUUCUUGUUAAAUGUGAUUCACCGGGUACACAAAAUGGCCAAUUUGAGAAUGUGCCAACAUUGGAAGCAUUGGCGGACUGCGUGGAAGAUGGUGAAGGGGCUGUCUGUGGGAUUUAUUUCUCAUUUGCAAACAUCAGCGACACGAGUGAUGACUUUGGAGUUAGGUUGGAGGAUGUUUAUAAGAAAGUCGAUCCUCGGUUGAAGGUUGUACAGGUGGUCCUGUGGGCGCACGUGGGGACACCGGAGGGUCCUGUCGAGAGGGAGGCGGGAUUCCGGCGGAGUUUGACCGGCAAGCCGUGGUUUGCUGUGCCCUUUCACGAUGUCGAUAUAAAGCGCCGCCUAACUCAGAAGUACAGCAUCGCUGUGGGUGUCCCUACCCUGGUGAUACGCGGCAGGCCGGUGAGGGACGCGUUACUUAAUGACCCAGGGGGUGAGAGGUUUCCUUGGCCUGCACCGCCACUGCAUGAUGUUCUGCGAGGAGUGCAACUCCAGGGUGAAGCGGGGAGCAAGCUAUUUGAAGAGCUGCCAGGGGAUACUGUCAGAGUAUUUUACUUUGCCGCACAUUGGUGUCCACCGUGCCGUACAUUUGCACCGAGUCUAUGCAACGCACUAGCGGCGGUGCGCAAGCGCAGAGCCAAGUACGCCAACACGCAACUUAUACUGGUAUCCAGUGAUAGGAGCGAGCAAUCGUACAAGCGUACGGUGUCAUCAGUAAGUGCGGCGGGGGCACUGGCAGUCCCCUGGACGGCGACAGAGGCUCGUCUGGCGCUGCCCACCGCACUCGGCGUGGCCGGUAUUCCCGCACUAGUCCUCACUGACUGCAAUGGCAAAGUUAUCACCGCUAAUGGCAGACAGCAUUUAGCCGCUGAUCCUUUGGGACUGAACUUCCCGUGGGGUCAACGACCGGUGUCAUUGCUGACUGAGCAAGCGUUACUCAAGAUGGCCCGCCAUCCUGCCGUCGUCCUGUUUAUUGAUGACGAGGACGCGGAAAUAGAAUUCUCUGAAUCAGUGCUAACACCGUCAGCGGAAUCCUACUACGAGGAGUGCAGUAUUCAGUACCCCGGCUUCUGUCCUUACCAAAACUCCUCAGACGACGAAACUAUGGACUUUGACUACACAACAUCACGUUCAAGAGUUAAGAAGAAAUCGUUCAAACAUGUCAUGUUUUACAUCGGCUUAGAUGGUACGGACAGUGCUGAUAUGCUACGAGAGCAUAUAGGCUUAGAUGACGCUGUACCAUUACUCACGGCAAUAGAUUUCCCCAAACAGAGAAUGGUCACAAUGAAAUAUGGCGACGAAAUCACAACAGAUUCAGUACAAAACUUCGUUGACGCUUAUUUGAGCGGGAACGCCGAUUUCAAACCAUUAAAGCCUUACACUGAGAAAUGUUAAUUUAUGUAACUCGAAAAUAGAUAGUCAGUCAUUAGGAUUUUCGAGGAAAAUUUUAUUUUAUCAAGAAAUAGCAUUCCCGCCAAAAUUUGAAGAACUGAUCAAACCAUAGACAAAAAAUAAUGAUAUUUUUUAACCACCUUCCAAAUAAAUGCAUCUUUCCACUUGAACUAUAUGCAAUUAAUAUGAAAGCAAUAAGCUUAAUUAAUCUAGAUGCACAAUUUUCGAAACUUAGAAAGUAGUUUUAAAAAAGUCUUUAUGAAGUAAAUUGAAAUGAUGACUACGGUAAAAAUGUGGCCUUAUAUGCUGCAGCAUUUAAAUCCGACAUUAAAUCACAUCGUAAAUGACCAUUUAUUUCCUAUUUCGAUGAGUCUUAAGACCUACCUCAUGACUACAUCAUAGGUCAAUUACUGUACUCCUGUCAACCUUUUCUUCCUACAUUGGUAAAAUGUUUUUUUGUUUUGCGGUUUCAAUAGAAUCAAGAAUCAAUAUUUAUCUACCACGAUUAGAUAUAAGUAGUCUGCAAAAAGUAUUUUAUAAACAUAGGAGUAGCCGUAGUUUGUUUUGUUGUUUUCAUUAUCGACUAAAAUUAUGUUAUAGCUUGACCAAGCAAUGUAAAAAUCCUCGACUUAUUGCGCAAAAUAUGGAAGUAAUUCUUUUACGCACAUUGGAAGUGAUCUAAUAAAGAAGAUGAUUGAAGCGUCCCCAUGCCAUGGUUUUUAUAUUCUUGGUUAGGCUACUGGAGCAUGUAAUUACAUAAUUACAGAAUUCUGUAGCAUGUAUUGUAGAUUUUUGUUUCUUUACAUUUUACAUAAUAUCAGUAUUAAAAAUAUAUUAAUUAUUUUUACCUGUAACAAUGUUAGCAUAAUAGUAAU